AAAACGGUAUCUUGUAACCAAGUUGCACAUGUUUAGCAUAUGAUGGUUCCAAAGAUUCCUAUGUACAAUCCGACACACUCUUGAGUUUUGAGUGUUCUCCAUUAACCACUUACUUAUCUCUUUCCAAGUCCUAACACUAACCCAAACUGUUACCUUUUCUGAUUAUUAUUGGUUUGGUGCUUUGUUAUGUUACCCAUGGCUUCCCAUGUUGCUUUUCCUCAUGCUUCUCCUCUUUCUCUCUCUAUUCCCAACAAACGAUUCAGUUACAAACAGCUUCACAUAAAUGGAAUCAAAUCCAUCACUACUUUCUCUUCAUCUUCUUAUUAUUCUUCUUCUUGUUGGUGCUUCCGUUCACUUUCUACACAAAGAGGGUAUUGUUUACCUGUGAUUGCAUGUUCCUCUUCCAAUGGAAGGGGCCCUAAUAGUUCUAAGGACGAUGAUGGUGUCAAGAAUGUUGAGAAGCUUCUUGAGGAGAAAAGAAGAGCUGAAUUGUCUGCUAGAAUUGCCUCAGGUGAAUUCACAGUGAAGCAGCAAUCUGGUUUAAGUUCUAUGUUGAAGAAGAGCUUGUUAAAGGUGGGGGUGCCCAAAGAGGUUGUGGGGUUUUUGCUCGGUUGGGCGGCAGGGGAAGGUGAUUACCCCGAAAUUCCUGAGGCAAAAGGAUCUGUCAAGGCUAUUAGAAGUGAGGCAUUCUUCAUUCCAUUGUAUGAACUUUACCUCACAUACGGUGGAAUUUUCAGGUUGACUUUUGGACCAAAGUCCUUUUUGAUUGUAUCUGAUCCGUCUAUAGCGAAACACAUCUUGAGAGACAAUUCAAAGGCUUAUUCGAAGGGUAUCUUGGCUGAGAUCCUAGAGUUUGUAAUGGGGACAGGGCUCAUCCCGGCUGAUGGGGAAGUGUGGCGAGUUCGACGACGAGCUAUAGUCCCAGCAUUGCAUCUGAAGUACGUAGUGACGAUGAUUAGCCUUUUUGGACAAGCCACAGAUAGGCUCUGCAAGAAGCUAGAUGAUGCUGCAUCUGACGGGGAAGAUGUUGAGAUGGAAUCACUUUUCUCUCGAUUGACCUUGGACAUCAUUGGAAAGGCAGUAUUCAAUUAUGAUUUCGACAGUUUAACAAAUGAUACCGGUAUAGUUGAGGCUGUAUAUACUGUACUGAGAGAAGCAGAAGAUCGAAGCGUUUCUCCGAUUCCAGUAUGGGAGAUCCCAAUAUGGAAAGACAUAUCACCGCGUCAAAGGAAGGUUUCUGCUGCUCUUAAAUUGGUCAAUGAUACACUUAAUGAGCUGGUAGCAAUAUGCAAGAGAAUGGUGGACGAAGAAGAGUUACAGUUUCACGAGGAGUACAUGAAUGAGCAAGAUCCAAGUAUUCUGCAUUUCUUGUUGGCAUCAGGAGAUGAUGUGUCGAGUAAGCAACUCCGCGAUGAUUUAAUGACAAUGCUCAUCGCUGGACAUGAAACUUCAGCUGCUGUUUUAACUUGGACCUUCUAUCUUCUAUCAAAGUCAAUGAGGCUUUACCCUCAACCACCAGUGUUGAUCCGUCGCUCUCUUGAGAAUGAUAUGCUCGGCGAGUAUCCUAUAAACAGAGGUGAAGAUAUCUUUAUAUCUGUCUGGAACCUGCAUCGUAGUCCAAACCUAUGGGAUGAAGCUGAUAAGUUUCAACCAGAAAGAUGGCCAGUAGAUGGACCUAACCCCAAUGAGACAAAUCAAAACUUCAAGUAUCUUCCUUUUGGGGGAGGACCGAGGAAAUGUGUUGGUGAUUUGUUUGCUUCAUAUGAGACCAUAGUAGCACUUGCCAUGCUUGUUAGACGGUUCAACUUUCAAAUGGCAGUUGGAGCCCCACCGGUUGAGAUGACUACUGGAGCAACAAUUCAUACAACACAAGGGUUGAAGAUGACAGUUACACGCAGAAUAAAACCUCCAAUCGUGCCCUCAUUACAAAUGUCAACUAAGGAAAUUGAUCCAUCCAUGAGCAAAGAUGACACAAGUCAGAAAGGCGAAGUUUAUCAGGCUCAGUCCUAAAUCUUUGAAGUUGUGAAAUUAAUUAUGUAUAGUUCUUUUGCUAUCUUCCAUCCAUUUUUUUAUGCAUGUAAUGAGAUUGGAACACAGCAAUCUUUCACAUCGUCACAACUUCUAAAAAAUAGUUUACCUGAGUUCACAAACUAUAAAUUCAUCUAUAGAAACUUAGAGAAGAAUGCACAAAAUACUCUGCUUUUCUAGUAUAAGUGUCAACAGAGAUUGGAGCAAUGAUAUCUGAAAUAACAUUUGUAAGAAUCCGAGUUAAUAUACCUUGAUUUCUCAGUAUAAGAAGACAUAGGACCUAAAAUAAAUGGAAUUUACAUUCCAUCCAGCAGUGGGUGUAAAACAAGUAGCAUUGAUCAAUGAAAUGAGGAGCAGGAACAUUCACUAUUUGCUGCUAAAUAAGAGAGAAGAGUGAUUAUCAUUUACAAGUAAAUUAGAUCCUGAUGGAUCAUUCAGAAAUAUCCAUGGAGAUGAUUGAUUACACAGCAU